AUGGAUUCCUUUAGUGAAAAGUUGUAUCCUCGCCUCUCCUCGUUUCAUGAGAGAGGGCCAGAAGUCUCUCGUUUACGACAAAUCCUUAAUUUAUUAGGAUGUCUAAUUGUACUUCCUAUUUACUCGGUCAUCACGGGCUACGCGCGCCAUCCUUUGACGCUUGAUAUCCUCUUGACAAUAUUCUCGGCGGAGUUUAAUCGCUUCAUGAAUGAGGGUCGUCGGCAAAAGCUGCAGGAUCUUCCGCAGAAGGGCCAAGACCUAGAAAAGGCUAGCAUUUCGUCACCCAAGGUGAAUGAAGGUGCAGAAUGCAUGGCCACUAUUGUGGGCUACCGUGAAAACCCUGAGCUAUUUGCUAGAGCUUUAGAAAGUUACAAAAAUAUCCCCGAGUGUCGAUUAGUACUUGUGGGAGUCGAUGGAGAGGAUGUACCCGACAUGGAAAUGAUCCGAGUUUUUCAACAGGUCUUCCCAGAAGAUUCGGCGGUCAUUCACAUUGACGAGCCCUUUGGAGAGGUCGCCAUGCAUACUUACGAGAAGACAUCCACCAUCGAUGGAAACUCGCGGGCCCCGGAGGCCUACAUGGAAGCUACCAUCGCUCAUUGCUGUCAACUUGCCAGAGAAAUCCUCGCAGAGCAUGAUUUCAAGCUUGGCCAACAUGGUGGUGUGACAAAGCUAUGUCUCUACCAGCCACACUUGCACAAGAAGGGCAUUAUGUUCACUUCAUUCAUUUUUUCCAUCGUCAUUUCUGAGAUGCUGGGAAUCGAAUACAUGUGGUCCUCUGACUCUGACACAAUUGUGUUACCCGACUCACUGAGAUGUACCAUCGAUACUAUCGCUGGAGAUCCGCAUGUUGGUGGCGGUAGCUCUGGUCUGAUUGUCCAUAAUGAGGAUGAUUCUAUCUGCACCAAGCUUGGUAGCGUUGUGUACUGGUCUGAGCUAUACAUGACGCGCUCUGUUUCAACACUUUCCGGUACUAGCGAUUGUCAAAGUGGUCCCAGCACGGCUUUCCGUGUUUCCGCUCUGUCUGCGGUUCUGUACCCUUGGUACACUCAAACUGUCCUGGGCCAUCGAAUGAUUGUCAACGAGGAUCGCCACCUCACCACAAACCUUCUCAUGCGAGGAUGGACCGUGACCUACGCGUCUGAUACAUUGGCAGCAACAGAUACCCCAACCACAUUGAGUCGCUGGAUCAUGCAGCAGGUCCGCUGGAGCCGAGCCGGUCACAUUGAAUCCUUCCAACAACCCAAGCUCUAUCUUAUUACCAACCCACUCUUUUUCUGGGCUGCUGUCAAGCGGGAGGCCGGACCUCUCCUGGGACUCGCCUAUAUUCUCUACUAUCUGAUCACAGGAGAAUGCUUUGCCUACUUCAACUGGUACGAUGUCGGUAUUCGCAUUGCUUAUACUCUCAUCUAUAAUUAUUGCCGCAACCCAGACCGUGGCCCCAAGAACUCGUGGAUUUGGAUAGUUCCCGGUCUUCUGUUCUACAAUAUUCCUCUCCCGAUGAUCCAUCUUUGGAGUUUGAUAACCGUUUUCCAAGACGGAUGGGGAACCUCCAUGCGAUCGACUAGCGAGAUGACCAAGCGCGGACAAGCUUGGAAAAGAUGGAACGAUCUUGGAUUCUUCGUCGUCUGGAUGGGCAUCGUUGGUGGAACCCUCGGGCGAAUGACGGCUUCAAAAGCCGGAUGGGACGAUGGAGGUACUAUGCAGGCUAUUUUCUGGGGCGUUUUGAUUCCGACAGCCGUCUCAUUCUACGGCCUGGUGGUUCGUGAUUAA